AUGCCGUGGAUCCUUCAGGAAGAGGAUCUACUGUACGAGCAGCAAAUCGCAAAAGAUCCCUACAAUGAGCUGCAUUGGUUGGAGUAUGCUGAAGGUACAUCAGACAAGCACCACAGAGCUGGUAUUCUAGAUAGAGCCACAGCUACACUUCCAGCAUCCACGCUUCUCUGGAACGCUUACUUCGAGGCGGUUUUCGGCAAUAAGACAAAACUCAAAGCAGCAUAUGAAAAGGCACUCAAGGUACUCAAUACCAGUCCCAGCAUAUGGACCAAGUACUUACAGCUACUUCUAGAUCAGCGGUGCCAACUUGUGAAGACAAAGUUCGAAGAGGCGUUGUUCAACCUUCCUGAAUCGUACCACGGUGAUAUAUGGAGAAUCUACAUCGAAUACGCUGGGGCAUCCUGGUCUGGUGAGUCUGACACAGCGAUCUCUCUAAUAUACACCCAGGCUAUAUACGCCAAGGACUUGGGGAUUCCUAAUACCCCAAUGCAUACAAGCCAGAAUGGUGACAUAAUACGACGAAUCUGGUCGAACAUAUGGCUCAAGAAGGUGGACCCUGAGUCCUCGAAAGCUCUUGCGGAAUAUACCCUUCAAAGUGACCAUAUACUAGAUUUGGGGCCACAGCUCUUUGAUUUCCUAGUGGAUGACUAUAUUCUACGUCUGCCAUCUCAAAAAAGCCUGACACUUCUCCUUAAGGCCAGGUACUACGAGGAUCGAGAAAUACCCCUCGCAAGACAUUACUAUAACCAGGCGCUUUCCGUGGCCACCAGUGUGAAAGACGCUGUCUCAGCCUUCAACGCUUACCUCGAUUUUGAAGACUCCAUUUUGGAAAGUUUGGAUGAUUCGGACCUUGCAAAUCGGCUCGACAUUCUCGAUCGCUUUCUUGAAAAGAGACCUUUCUUCAUCAACGACGUUAGGCUCAGGGCCAACCCAAAUAGCGUUGAUGUGUGGCUAGAACGGUCAUCUAUUUUCGGCAACGAUAACGCCGGACGGAUCAAAACACUCGUUGACGCUAUCAUGAAUAUCAAUCCGCUUCAAGCCACCGGUCUGAGAAACUUGGUUGAAAUUUGGGAUGAAUACGCUAGGAUCUAUCUAGAUCUGGGAGACGUUCAUACAGCCGUGUUGAUCUACUCAAAGGCUGCAAACACGCAAUUCAAAGAGGUGAAGGACUUGGCGUCUGUUCAUAUUUCAUGGACUGAGGCACUUCUACAAAUGUCUGAUGACGCUGCUUUGGAGCAUAUCGAAGAUAUUCUUUACAAUCACAUUCCUUCUAACCACAAGGAAAUAAAGGUCCAGCAUGCCAAAGUGCCGAUCAAAACCCGUUUGUUCAAGUGCACCGAGUUGUGGAAAUUCUACAUUGAUUUGCUCAAAGCGCUUUUGGACGAAGAGAAGCCCGAGUUUGUCUGGAACAAGCUACAAGUGGCUUACCAAAAAAUGGUGGAUUUAGAGGUGAUCACCUUGGGACUCAUAUUCGACUAUGCUGCCUUUUUGAAGGAAAGAGUUUCAAGAGACCGUGCCAUGAUGCUUUACGAACAAGCUCUUGAGGAUUUCCAGGCUCCUCACGCUCAAUUCGAUCUUUGGCUUGUCUACUUGAGUGAGCUUCUUGAAUCGUCACUGAACACUGAGCGAAUCAGAGAACAUUUCGAUCAGUGCUUCCUGACGCCCCUUCCAGGGCAUUUGGUGAGAAAACUAUUCGACAAGUACUUGGCCUUCGAAAGCAAGACAGAACUGUCCUUGAAGAUCAUCAAAAUCCUCGAACGAGCUAUUUCGUAUCUCCAUUCCUCCAUCGAAACGCCGGUCACAAAAUAUGAGAAGCUGGAGCUCAACAAAAUUGUUGACGACAAGUACGACUACCUGGUGAGUCUUUUGACCAGAGUAGCCAAACUCAAAGAUCAUGAGCUCAUGAGAUCUGCAUUUCAAAAGGCAGCAGAGGAUCCUCAUUUCUCCAUGCCCCAAAUCAUCGAUAUUGGACUUCGCUUUAUUGACUUUGAGAUUGCUCAGAGGGAAGUUGUUAGAUCCCGUUCCCUCUUCAAGCAUUUUGCUCAAUUGGGAAAUCCCGAGUCUCACCUCUUUGCUGAGGUUUGGUCAAAAUGGGAAGGGUUCGAAGUGGACCAUGGAAUUCAAGAAACAUUCAAAGAAAUGCUCAGAUUCAAAAGACAGCUUAUCAGAGAACACGCUGAAACCGAUCAAAACAAAAGUGAGGUCAACCCAAUGGGAUUUGUCAAAGGAGAAACAAAAGGUGGAGAGAUCAAGCAAAUGGCUGACGAGAACCCGGACGCUAUCGACUUGGACAUGGAUAUGUAA